AUGGAUAUUUCGGCUGAUGAAUUGAACCUCCUCGUUCUGCGAUACUUACAAGAAUCUGGUCUUAAACUUUCGGCAUUUACGUUUGGUCAUGAAUUGAAAAUGUAUGGAAAGGAUAUCAAUAAAACCUUGGUUCCUCCAGGAGCUUUGAUUAAUAUCAUUCAAAAGGGUCUUUACUACACCGAAGCUGAAAUAUGCAUUGGAGAAGAUGGAUUAGAACAGCCUAUGACUGAGAGUUUGUCUUUAAUUGAUGCAGUUAAGCCGGACAUUGUAGCCAGUCGACAGAGCCACAAUAAAAAAAAACAAAGUGUGGUCAAGAAUGAUGCAUCAAAAACAAAUGGUGAUAAUGGCACAACAACAGGGACUCCAGCUGUUACUAGCACUGAAACAAUGAGGCCAGUGCUAGACAACACAAUUGAAAUUCCUGCCGAAAAAUCUACUCUACUUAUGGGUCAUAAAUCUCCAGUUUUUUGUUGUGCAUGGAAUCCAACUACUGAUGUGCUUGCUUCUGGAUCAAGUGAUGGUACAGCUUGGAUUUGGGAUAUUCCUAACAGUUCGGGUGUUCUUUCUGGACUUCAGUUGAGACCAAAUAUUCAAGGAGUAGAAAUUCCAGUACCCAAUGAAAUUUUAUCCAUUGGUUGGAAUUGUGAUGGAACAUUAUUAGCCACCAGUUCAAUAGAUGGCGAUGCUCGAAUUUGGAUGAAAGAUGGCAGAAUAUCAAGGACUCUUCACGGACAUAAGGGUCCAAUAUUUUCUUUAAAAUGGAAUAAAAGAGGAAAUUAUGUACUCAGUGCUGGAGCUGAUGAAACUGCUAUUAUUUGGGACGCUGCUUCAGGCCAGUGCAAUCAGCAAUUUGCAUUCCACACAGCACCAGUAUUUGAUGUAGAUUGGAAAACAAACAUUGAUUUCGCAUCAUGCAGUACUGAUGGUUGUAUUCAUGUUUGUCGUUUAGGUGUUGGUCGACCAGUAAAAACAUUCCAAGGGCAUACAAAGGAAGUUAAUGCUAUUAAAUGGGCUCCCAGAGGAAAUAUAUUAGCAUCUUGUUCAGAUGACAUGACUUUGAAGAUAUGGUCUAUGAAACAAGAUACUUGUUUGCUUGAUUUAAGAGCACAUAAGAAAGAAAUUCAGUCAAUUAAAUGGAGUCCAACCGGUCCAGGAACAGACAAUCCUAACAUGAAUCUAAUGCUUGCUAGUGGAUCAUUUGAUUCUACUAUACGUUUGUGGGAUGUUGAGCGAGGCACAUGCAUGCAUACUCUGUCCAAGCAUACUCAAAAUGUCUACAGUGUAGCCUUUUCACCCAAUGGAAAGUUUUUGGCAUCUGGCAGUCUUGACAAAUAUGUUCAUAUAUGGUCAACACAAAGUGGUCAAUUAGUUCAUAGUUAUAAAGGAACAGGUGGUAUUUUUGAAGUUUGCUGGAAUCCUAGGGGUGACAAAGUUGCAGCAAGUGCAUCUGAUGGAAGUGUAUUUGUAUUGAAUAUACGAAAAUUUUAAUUCUUCUGACAUUCAAGUUUUCCCUAUUUUGGAAAAAUACUGAUUUACAAUUGUUUACUUAACGUGUA